AUGUCUAUAUGUAAACAGUAUGCUAAUAAUAUAUUCUUAAUUUAUUCUCAGAAGAAUAAAUAUAACCCUUUCUUGUGGCAACAAUCAUGGCAGUACGCCAAGUCUGUCUGUUCAAAGAAAAAUAUUAUUGAGGAUUGUAACAGACGAUCAAUAUCAAUUCUAUCAAAGAUACCUGAGCAUUAUGGAGUAAGGAAAAAAAUAUGUUUUUUGAACAUUCAAAGAGUAUCAUCAUCGACACAGAAGAAGCUCGCAGAACGAAAAUUGUCCCUUUGGAAAUAUGUGUUUGAUCCUAAAAAAUCCUCAAAGAAUCCUUGUGUUCGUCAGCUGAUCAAUUGUCAAGAACAAUCGCAUUCCAAAAAUUUAUGUUAUCAAAUAGCAUCUAGAAAUGUGAUUUACAUCGAUCUGAUUAAAUCGAAAAAUACAAGAUUUAAAGAACCGCAGCCUAAGCAGCCCUCGUAUAAAUUGCCCAGAGCUGUUUUGUUGAAAGCGAUGAUAGAAGGUUUCCCUGAGGAUGAUAAAAUUUGCGAGGGUAAGAUGGUUACACCUACAACACCUAGAAAACCAUACGAAGAAAUGAAACCAUGUUCAAAUAGUUUAAUAAAUACCAAGAGGACUAUCAAUCAGUAUCAAAAGAACAUUAGAUCAAAAAACACUAAAUCAUAUCCUCCGAUCAAUGAGAAAUGUCAAAUGACGAUACCAAUAUCAGACUCGGCAGAACUUUGCGAUAUUACAGCAAAGAUAUUGCGUCAGGCGAUGACACAGGAAGAGCCACGAAUACAUUCGAGAAUUAAGCAACUCGAAAUUUUAAUAAAAGAGUCCCACAUGAAUCAUAAAGAUCUAGAGUGUAAAAAUUCCGAUAAAUAG